AUGUUUCUUUACAACCUAACUUUACAACCUCCUACUUCAAUUAAUGUUGCAGUCGUUGGUCAUUUUUCGGGUACAAAGCAACAAGAAAUUGUUGUUUCGAGAGUGACGCGUUUGGAACUUCUUAAAGCUGAUCCUAAUUCAGGAAAACUUCAAACUCUGUUAACUCACGAUGUUUUUGGGAUAAUAAGGUCUUUGACGCCUUUUCGUCUAACUGGAGGUUCAAAAGGUGUGAGAUUUUUCAAUAAAUUGGAUGAAUUAUUGAGAAAAUUGUUUUUAAAGAUUAAGAAUUAUAUUAUAGUUGGAUCCGAUUCAGGACGUGUAGUCAUUUUAGAAUAUAAUCCAAUUAAGAAUAAAUUUGAUAAAAUUCAUCAAGAAACUUUUGGAAAAUCAGGAUGUCGUCGAAUUGUUCCUGGACAAUAUUUAGCAGUAGAUCCAAAAGGGAGAUCUGUUAUGAUUGGUGCAAUUGAAAAACAGAAGCUAGUAUACAUUCUUAAUCGUGAUUCGGCAGCAAAUCUAACAAUAUCAUCUCCUUUAGAAGCACAUAAAUCACAUACUUUAGUACAUCAUUGUAUUGGCUUAGAUGUGGGAUAUGAGAAUCCAGUGUUCGCUUGUUUGGAAAUGUUAACUUAUUAUGAAUUGGAUCUUGGUCUUAAUCAUGUUGUUAGAAAAUGGAGCGAUCCAGUUGAUGCACGGGCAAAUAUGUUAUUUGCUGUUCCUGGAGGUAAUGAUGGUCCUUCUGGAGUUUUGGUUUGCUCAGAGAAUUUCAUAACUUAUAAACAUCAACGUGUACCUGAACUUCGCGUUCCUAUUCCACGUCGUCGAAAUCCACUGGAAGAUCCAUCACGUGGGCUAAUAAUUGUUGCUGGCGUAAUGCACAAGAUGAAAGGGGUCUUCUUUUUCUUGCUCCAAAGUGAAGAAGGCGAUAUUUAUAAAAUAACACUUGAUUACGAGGAUGAUAAGGUGAACGCAAUUAAAAUAAAAUAUUUUGAUACCGUGCCUAUCGCGGCGUCAUUAUGUAUACUAAGAGCCGGUUUCUUGUUUGUAGCUUCGGAAUUCGGGAAUCAUCGACUUUAUUCAUUCACAAGUCUCGGUGAUGAUAAUGACGAACCAGAAUGGUCUAGCGCUGAUUUUAUGGAUCCAAAUCAUCCAUCAUCAGUAUAUUUCACACCGAGAGAACUGCAAAAUUUGGAACGUGCAGAUGAAUUAGAAAGCUUAAAUCCAUUGAUUGAUGCUAAAAUUUUAAAUCUGACAGACGAUGAUACGCCACAAUUAUACGCUUUAUGUGGUCGAGGUGCCGGAUCAACUUUUCGAAUAUUGAGGCAUGGGCUUGAAAUUUCCGAAAUGGCUGUUUCCGAAUUACCUGGUAAUCCCAAUGCUGUAUGGACAACAAAAUUAAUGGCUGAUGAUGAAUAUGAUGCAUACAUUAUAGUAUCAUUUAUGAACGCAACAUUAGUAUUAUCUAUUGGCGAAACAGUAGAAGAAGUGACUGAUACUGGUUUUCUCGCCACAACGCCAACUUUAGAUGUUCAUCAACUUGGAGAUGAUGCAUUACUUCAGGUUAGAAAAAUAUUAGUUAUUUCUAAUGUCAGUUUUCAUCGUCGCGUUAAUGAAUGGAAAACACCCGGAAAUAGAGCAAUAGUUAAAGCGGCCACUAACAAGCGUCAAGUUGUUAUAGCGUUAACUGGUGGUGAACUCGUAUAUUUUGAAUUAGACAAUCAAGGACAGUUGAAUGAGUAUCAAGAUCGUAAAGAAAUGUCCGCAAAUGUGACAUGUUUAAGUGUUGGCGAAGUUCCUGAAGAAAGGCAACGGUCAAGGUUUUUGGCUGUGGGUUGUGAUGACAAUGCCGUAAGAAUUUUAUCCCUUGAUCCCGAUAAUACAUUGGAGGUUCUUAGUACGCAGGGUUUAAGCGCACCACCACAAUCCUUGUCUAUUAUUGAAAUGAUGGAUAUCGAAACUGAUGCAUCACACGGUACCCUUUAUCUAAACAUUGGACUUCAAAAUGGAGUAUUGUUACGUACUGUAUUGGACAAUAUAACAGGUGCAUUAACUGACACUAGACAAAGAUUUUUAGGUGCUCGACCGGUAAAACUCUUUCGGGUCACAAUACAAGGACAACCUGCAGUUUUGGCAUUAUCAAGUCGACCCUGGCUUAGUUAUACCUUUCAAUCGAGGUUACAUCUUACGCCUCUUUCUUAUGAUAUGUUAGAAUAUGGUUCCAAUUUUACUUCACCACAAGUUCCGGAAGGAAUAGUCGCCAUUUCCGCGAAUACUUUACGAAUUUUUGCUGUUGAAAAACUCGGCACCGUAUUUAAUCAAGCAGUUAUUCAACUUAAAUAUACCCCACGUCAUUUUAUUCUUCAUCCGCCUUCAAGGAAUUUUGUAGUUAUUGAAACCGAGCAUAAUACGUAUUCUCCACUUGAGAAGAAAAAAGUUUUAGAAGCUAAACAAAAAAUGGGAAUACAAUUUGAUCAAAAUUUGUUGGAUUUGCCAUCUGAAACAUUUGGACUUCCUAAAGCAGAGGCAGGUAAAUGGGCUUCAUGUAUUCGAGUCAUUAAUCCAUUUAUUGGAGAAACAACUUCAUUAAUUGAAUUAGAAGAAAAUGAGGCGGCAUUUAGCAUUGCCACUGUGAAUUUUCACAAUCAAAAUAACGAAUCUUUCCUUGUUAUCGGAACCGCAAAGGAUGCAAAUUUAGCACCUCGAACAUGUUCAGUGGGAUAUUUACACGUAUAUCAAUUUGUGGAUGAUGGGAAAUCAUUGAAAUUAGUUCACAAGACACAAUGUGAUGAUGUUCCUCUAGCAUUAUUGGGAUUCCAAGGUAGGCUUCUUGCUGGGGUUGGUAAAGCAUUGAGGAUAUAUGAUUUAGGAAAAAGAAAACUUUUGCGAAAAUGCGAAACAAAGGCAAUCCCGAAUUGUAUUGUCAAUUUACAUACACAAGGAAAUCGCAUUAUUAUUUGUGAUAUGCAAGAAUCAGUACAUUAUGCUUCUUACCGGCAACACGAUAAUCGUAUUAUCAUUUUCGCUGAUGAUACUACACCAAGAUGGAUAACGUCCACUGUUAUGGUAGAUUAUGAUACAUUAGCUGGUGGUGAUAAAUUUGGAAAUUUCUUUAUUGAUCGACUACCAGCAGAGACAAGUGAAGAAGUAGAUGAAGAUCCUACUGACAUUAUAACAUCAAUUCAUCGAACGACACUCGUAGCUGGAGGACGUGAAAUUCUAGUAUAUACUGGAAUAAUGGGAGAUAUUGGAGUUUUUGUACCUUUUGUAACAAGGGAGGACAUAGAUUUUUUCCAAACUCUUGAAAUGCAUAUGAGAAAUGAAGCUCCACCACUUGCAGGUCGUGAUCAUUUACAAUAUCGAAGUUUUUAUUCACCAGUGAAGGCAGUUGUUGAUGGAGAUUUGUGUGAACAAUAUAAUCUAUUACCAUUAGAAAAAAAGAAAUUUAUUGCUGAAGAAUUAGAUAGAACCACAGCAGAAAUACAAAAGAAAAUUGAAGACAUGAGAGUGAUGGCGGCAUUUUAA